AGCCCUAACACUCGCUUCUUUCUCACUCACAUUUUAUUACAUUUUAGCGGAAAGCUUCAUUCAGCCAUCAGCUUCAAGAAAGAGUUAAUGUGCUGUAAUCUCUUCAACAAACUACCUGCAUAUUCGAGGGUUUUGAUCAGUGAGAAAUCAAUAAAAUGGAAUCAAAGCCAAAAUCCCCCAAGGAAUGCAACCAAGUGCAGUGUGUUGGCUAUUGAAGAUUCACUGUCAUUUCCAGUGGAUAAGAAGUUUCAAUUUGAUGAUGUAAUUGAUGCUCAACAGUUUGAUAGAGAUGUUUUGAGUGCUAUAUUUGAAGUUGCUUGGGAGAUGGAGAAGAUUGAGAAGAAAUCACCCGGAAGUCAACUUCUUAAAGGUUAUCUAAUGGCCACCCUCUUUUAUGAGCCUUCAACUAGAACUAGACUUUCAUUUGAGUCUGCCAUGAAACGUCUUGGUGGUGAAGUUCUAACGACUGAAAAUGCUCGUGAGUUCUCUUCAGCAGCCAAAGGAGAGACACUAGAAGAUAUUAUAAGAAUUGUAGAGGGGUACUCUGAUAUAAUUGUGAUGCGACACUUUGAAAGUGGUGCUGCCAAAAGGGCAGCAGCUACAGCUGGCAUUCCUAUUGUUAAUGCAGGUGAUGGUCCUGGACAACAUCCCACCCAGGCCCUUUUGGAUGUCUAUACCAUACAAAGAGAAAUAGGGAAAUUGGAUGGCAUCAGAGUUGGGCUUGUAGGAGAUCUUGCCAAUGGUAGAACUGUCCGUUCACUUGCCAACUUGCUUGCAAAGUACCAAAAUGUGAAAAUCUACUUUGUCUCUCCUGAUGUGGUGAAAAUGAAGGAUGACAUAAAAGGUUAUUUGACAUCACAAGGAGUGGAGUGGGAAGAAAGUGCUGACUUAAUGGAAGUGGUCUCUAAGUGUGAUGUGGUGUAUCAAACUCGCAUCCAGAAAGAACGGUUUGGGGAGAGAAUUGAUCUUUAUGAAGAAGCUCAAGGUAAGUACAUAAUAAAUCGUGAAGUGUUGAAGGUGAUGCAGAAGCAUGCUGUGGUCAUGCAUCCUCUUCCAAGGCUUGACGAGAUUACUGCAGAUGUUGAUACAGAUCCAAGGGCUGCCUAUUUUAGACAAGCAAAGAAUGGUCUUUAUAUCCGGAUGGCUCUUUUGAAACUCUUGCUUGUGGGGUGGUGAGAUUCGCGGUUUUCUUCCAUUUAAGAUUUUAGCAUGUAAUCCAGGUACAAGUUCUCUUGAGAUAGACCGUAAGUCCACCUAUAAUUUCUUCUGAUCAGAAGAGUGGAAUUUUUUAUGACCAAUUUAUAUCCAAAAUCAAUGAUCUAUUGGUUCAAAUAGAAAGUUUGAAUCUUG